AUGCGGCACCCCUACAACUUCUUCCAUGGUCUGCGGCGCAGCGCCCGGCGCGUGGCGCUUUGGGACCUCUCGGGCCCUGAUGCCAAGCGAAGGAUGCUUUCUUGGCUGGACGAGACCAUCCAAGAGUGGCACUUUGCAGAGAUGCAGAGCUACGGCGUGGAGGUGCUGCGAGUGCCCUGCGGAUAUUGGAAUUGGAUGGUGCCGGAGCAAGGCCCCGAGGUGUCCGGGGUCUACGCCACCAACGCCAUCCGCGAGAGGCUGCGAAACCUGCAUCGCAUCGCUCGGCCGGCGGAGUACCAGGAAUACUUCGACCGGAUCUUCCACUUCGCUGAGAAGUAUGGCAUUCAAGUACUUCUUGACUUACAUGCAGUACCAGGAUCCCAGAAUGGGGAGAUCCACAGCGGUGUUUGCAUCGAGUCUGGCGAAGAGAAUGUGAGCUUCUUCCAGAAUGAGGCCAAUUUGAAGAUGGCCGUGCAGGCAGUCCGCGAGAUGGCGCGAUACGCGCGCAGUAAGAGCAACCUCUUUGGGGUGCAAGUCAUCAGCGAGCCUCACCUUCACUCGGAUGAGGGCCAUGAAUUCCUGAGGCAGUACUACCACGAGGCCAUUCUCGCAGCCCGCGAGUUCUUAGAUGCCUCAGUGCCCAUCAUGCUCUUCGAGUGGACCUACGAGAUGCACCGCUGGGACGGCCGGUCCUUUCCGGAGCAGACCUACGGCCGGGUCUUCUGGGAUACCCAUUUGUACCACUUCCCGGACAAAGGCAAGACUUGGACCUCGCAGAACAACGGCUUAGAGCAGGCGAAGGAGUCCUACGCCUGGGACCUGCAGCAGCUGCGGCACUUCGCGCGCCAAGAGACGGUGCUCGUGGGGGAGUUCUCCAUGGCUGGGCCCUGCCUCAACCAGCAAGAGACCCAGCAGUUCGCCCAGUGGUUGGUUGAGCAGUUCGAUUUCGCCUGCGCCGGUUCGCUGAUGUGGUCCUUUGACAACCGUCUCAUCGCUUGGAGCAUGCAGCGACAGGUGAAGGACUGGGGCUUCAACUGGAAGCGGCUCUUCGACAACGAGGCCACCCGCUGCGGCGGCGCGGUGGGAUUUCAAGCCGCCGCCUUCGGGACUUGGCUCUCGGCCACGGAGAAAGGAGCUGUUGAAGCAGACGCAUUGGAGAGCAACUGGUGGGAGGAGUGGGUGCCCUACAACUACCGCGUCCAGGGCAAGGCUAAGGUGGCACUGCGCUCAGCGGCCCAUGGCACCUGGCUGUCUGUGACCAAGGAGGGCGAAGUGACCCAGUCAGACCAUCGAUCUGCGUGGGAGGAGUUCUCCGUACUGUUCCACACAGAGCAGGAGGGCCAGCAAUGCAUCUCCUUGCAGUCCUUCCAUGGGUCUUGGCUUUCAGUCCGACGUUUCAGGCCCAGUGACCGUCUUCUGCUACAAGCCGCUUACUCAAUCCACGAUGCCGAGGUGGCUACGGCCUGGCUGGUGUCAUAG